AUGUCUUGGGACGACGAAGGUUUCGAUAUUCCAGCUACCUCGAAAGAUCAGCCUGCUGUGGCCUCUUGGGACGAUGAGUUUGGCGCUGCUGCUGACGACGACGAAGUUCUGUUAGAAUCCUGGGAUGCGGAGCCCGCUGAGAAGCCUGCCGCCACAAAGAAAGCUCCCGCUCGUGGCAAGAAGGACGACAAGAAAGGCAAUGGCGAAGUGCUUUUGGAAAUCGAUACUGUAGACGAAAAGACCAGGAAAGAACUGCUUAAAAAGGCGGAAAUCGAGGCGGAUCUCAACAAUGCUGCUUCUUUGUUCGAGGGUCUCGGUGUAGCUGACGAACAUCCAAGAGCCAAGGCUCUGCGCAAGCAACAGGAACAAGACGCACUAUUGCGUCCAGCAAGCUUCACGAAAGACACACCUAUUGAAUCGCAUCCUCUGUUCACGUCUGCAGAGACCAAGAAAGAUUUCCAAGAGCUUAGAAAGGCGCUGGCCACAGCUAUCACAUCCAUGAACGAGAAAUCGCAACUAAACUACUCGUCAGGCUUGGCUGUGGAUCUGAUCCGUGACGUGGCUUCCCCAAUGAACAUAGAAUCGAUCAGACAAACCGUGGCUACUCUAAACGUUUUGAUGAAGGAAAAGGAAAGACAAGAAAGACAGGCUCGUUUGGCAAAGGUCAGAGGUGGCACUGCUACUGGUGGUGCUGGUAAGAAGAAGGCGAAGGCUGCCAAGGCCAAUCUUGGUGGUGCUUUCAAGAAGGAUCAAGAGUUCGAUCUUGAAAAGGGCGAGUUUGAUGAUUUUGCCGAGGACGAUUUCAUGUAA